CUUACAUUCGUUCUGGUAGCAUCACAAUAUGGUUCUUAGGACAAAUGUAGUCAACGCUUUUGCAUCGCUGGGUCUGGAGACGGACGCAGACUUCAGUGAGGCAAGGCUGGCUUACAAGAAGCUCGCCCUUCAACAUCACCCAGACAAGAACUACGGCGAUUACGAAGCCACCCAAAAGUUCCAGGAGGUCUCCGCUGCAUGGGAGAUCGUUCAGAGACAUUACGAUAACCCAGCCUCCAGCCAUCAGCCCGAAGGAUUCAGUAGUGGAAGGGGCGACGAUGAAGAUGGAUUCGAGGAUGAGGAGGAGAUGGCGUUCUUCUUCCAGUUCAUGUUCGAGGAGAUCAUGCGUGGAAUGGCUGGUAAUCGACGCGGUUUCCGUGAACAAAAACGCUCCAGUGGCGGUCGUCCCUUCGCCUUCAGUAUGGGUGGUAACAUCUUCAUGUUCGGAGGCGGUCCUCCACCGCAGUCAUCACGGUCCUCUUACGGCCCAAGCUACGGCUACAGCUCGUCGAGGUCAUAUUCACGGAAUGAGAGUUCGUAUGCGCGGGUGAAGGAUACCAAGACGCAAGAGCAGAAGGACAAGGAGGCUUACCAGAAGAGGAUGAAGGAAUGGGAGGCGGAAAUUGCUCGCGAGCAGGCUGAACUCGACAAACGAAUGAAGGACAAGAAGAACGCCGACCGUGCACGUGAACAAGCUCGCUCAAGGUGCUUCACCGCCGCGCGCAACGGCGAUCUACAGAGUCUGAAGGCCGAUGCCCAACAAUACAAUAUCGACGUGACAGUCGCUCGAGGAGGAAACAAAGAGACGAUGCUUCAUGUCGCAGCGGCAGGGAAGGGCACGCCAGAGGUCGCGGCGUUCUUGAUCGAGAAAGGCCUCUCCGUCGAUGCCUUGACCAAUGAGAAGUACACGCCUUUCCACCUCGCGGCGAUGAAUGGCAAUCUAUCACUCGUACAAUACAUUCACACCUCACAUCCGAAGCUCUGUCACCCGUCGAAGGCCACAGAGCGUGGAACGACGCCACUGCAACUCGCGUUGCAGAGCGAGAAUCCUGACGUCGUGAGGUAUCUGGUGAAGUACGCACCAGUGCAUGAUGUGACGACCUGCUGGAAUACGGUGGAGGUCAAUCUGGAGGGAGCGGAGAACGACGCGGAGAGGAGCAAGUGGGAGAACAUAAGGAAGGUGCUCCAGACGAAGAGGGGCUUCCAGCCAUUCGCUGGACCGGAGAGUCCUGUUGAAACUGAGGCUUCUUUGCCUGGGUUUGGAGAGGGGACAUCGAAGAAGGCCAGGGCCAGGGCAAACAAACGCGAGCGGGAGAGGCAAGAUGCCCUCGAGGCUGAGGCUAGAGCUGUCGCUGAGAAAGAGGCUCGUCUUGCCGAUGAGCGUAAGAGGGCUGAGGAGAAAAUCCGCAAGAAGGAAGAGCGCAAGCGGGAGAAGGAAGAGGCCAUUCGCCGCGCAGCAGAGGAAGCAGAGCGCCAGGUCAGAGAAGUCGAACAGCGACAACGCGACGAGGAGGAACGUGUUCGCCGUGCUGAAGAGGAGAAAAAACGGGCAGAGAUAGAGGCUAUGGAGAAAGCCAAAAGAGAGAAGGCCGAAGCUGAGAAGAGGAAGAGGCAGGAAGAUGAAAGAAAGAGGAAAGCAGAGGAGAGAAGGAUUAAGGAGGAGGAGAGGAAGAGGAAGGAAGACGAGAGAAAGGUUAAGGAAGAGAUCGAGCGGGUCAGAAGGGAAGAGGCUGACAGGAUUAGGAGAGAGGAGCAGGAGGAAGAGAAGCGAAGGCAGGUGGAAGAGGAGAGAACGCAGAAACAAGUUGAGGAGGCUGAGAGGCAGGCGAGGUCAGAAGAAGAGGAGAAGGCCCGGGUCGCAGAGGAGAAGAGGAAAUUACUGGUCAAAGCCAGGCUAGAGGAAGAACGGUUGAAGAAGGAGCGUUGGGAGCAGAAGAAGCAGGCUGAUGUCGAGAAGAAUAGGCAGAAGCAGAAGGAGCAAACGGCCAAGUUGAGAGCUGAGCGCGAGGCCUUGGAAAAGGAACGGAAAGCAACAAAGCCCGAUCACGCUCAAGCGACUCCUUCCUACGGCGCUGCCCCUCUUUCACCGCCGAAGACUCCCGAACACAUUGCCAAUGUUUCCUUCGAUGGACCAUUGCCAUCCUACGACGAAGGCCUUCAGACAGCCGUGGCAGCCGAUUAUCUGUUUGAUCCGCCGCCCGUGGUCAGGCGUCGAGUGAAGAUCCCACAGAGGGCACCGCGGACGUACGAUAAUGUGUCUAGCGUCCACCCUACGCCGAAGUCGGCUGUUAGAGAGCUUGCAUCGCCAGCUGAAUGGACGGAGGCUUCGAGUGUGACGCCACUGGAAGAGGCGUAUGUGCAUAGAGAGGGCGUGCCCCGUGGACGAGGUAGGGGACGCCCGAGGGGUUUCUUUCGUGGCCGGGGACGGGGCCGUGGUCGUGGUGGACGUGGCGUUGCUGUCGAGUAAGGGUGCGGUGGGCGUCCAUGGCGAGGGUCUGUUGCUAGCUUUUUGGUUUUCAUCGUCGUGGUCGUGCUCCUUUGCGAGUGUCGCGACCGCUUUCUGUCGGGUUUCAGUUUCUUGUCUGGUCGAGCGACCAUUUUUAUUACUUCUUGACAACACAUCUCGAUGUUUCUUGCUCUGCCCCGUUUGCUAUGGUAUAACUUAGGUUCGGUCUUUUGUCUUCGUCUCCCACAUUCCUCCGGUCCAAUGCUACAUACGUAUAUGUACAACUAUUUCUCCCGUCAUCUUCAUUGUUCAUACCCCUCCUCCGCCCACCCACCUCAUCACACUGACUCAGACUCUUUCUUGCAAUUAUGGACCAUGGGUUCAUGUGUACAUAGUAUCAGUACUUUCUUGCUCGGGUGUGGCGUGUUGACAUACUUAUUAGAUUCUACUUCUUGGCCCAAUCUGUGUAUUUU